GCUCUAGCAAUGACGAGCCUGCAUUGCACACUUUCCUCACCGAUCUCGGUGAACAUUUUAGAUUCACCUCAAAGAAGAAGAAGAACAACAAUUAGAUGUUCUGUCAAAAUACCGAAGAAUAUUCUCAAUGCGACAGAUUCUGGCUCCUCUAAGCUCAGCUUAUGUCCUUGCGGAAGAAGGCAUUUCCUAGGAGAUGCUACGACUACGACGCCGUUUCUUCCCAUCCCUCCCUCCCACGCUGCUCAAUCUAACUCAUCGGAGGUCUUGAACAAAUUGCGUCCACCAAAACCAGAUUGGUAUUUCGAGCUCUACGGUUGGUUUAGGAGUUCAGGAAUGGAAAGAUACGAGAAAGAGAUUGCGGGUUACAAGAAGAAACUCUUUAACCAAGUCGGAAACGCAGAAAAGGUUUUGGAGAUUGGCAUCGGAGCUGGUCCCAAUAUCAAGUACUACAACACUCUUCCAAACGUCUCUAUUCUUGGUGUAGAUCCAAACCCUAAAAUGGAAAGCUACGCACGAAAAUCCGCUAUACAAGCAGGAUUGAAAUCCGAAGACUUCAAAUUCAUUCACGCGGUCGCAGAAUGUAUACCGUUAGAAGAUGCAUCCGUUGACGCAGUUGUUACAAGUCUCGUUAUGUGUUCUGUCACAGACGUCACUCAAACCCUCAACGAGAUAAAGCGGAUUCUAAAACCGGGAGGGCGUUACCUCUUCGUGGAACAUGUUGCAGCUGAAGAUCGAUCAUUUCUGAGGAUGGUGCAAAAUGUGUUGGAUCCAGUGCAACAAGUCGUUGCCGAUGGAUGUCAUCUAACGAGACCAACAGGAGAAUCCAUUAUAAAAGCUGGUUUCAACGGUGGUGUUGAUAUCAACAAGGCUUCUCUUACUAGCUUCUAUCACUUAAGCCCUCAUAUCUACGGAGUUGCGUAUAAUUAAUAAUCAUUAAUUUGCAAGACUCUGUUUCUAGUCCUCUGUUUCAAGACUCUUGAAGAAUAAAAAGUUCUCUUGUUGUUUGAAAUAAUGAGUCAAUUUGACUAAGUUCAAGUUGAAUAUUUCUGUUUGAAUAAUGCGUCAAUUUGACUAAGUUCAAGUUGAAUAAGUCCUCCAUAUAUUGUCGGAGAUAAUAAGAGUUUAGUUUGUGUUUUGUUUCGGUUCUUCUGUUGUAAUAAUGUGUCAAGGUCUAUUUAAAAACCCUGUUUUGGAUUCUAA